AGGCGAGGGAGGGGAAGGGGAAGGAGGCGAGGCCACUUGGCGCGGAUCGAAACCCUAGUACGGGAGAAUCGUUUUGCAGUGGAGGAGACGACGGCAGGAUGGCGGAGGAGGACGGGCGGAGUGAGAGCAGCAACUACACGUCGGAGGACGAGGGUAGCGAAGACUACCGACGGGGCGGGUACCACGCUGUCCGGAUCGGCGAUUCCUUCAAGCAGGGGGCAUAUGUUGUCCAGGCUAAGCUCGGCUGGGGCCACUUCUCCACCGUCUGGCUCGCUUGGGAUACCGUCCACUCCCGGUAUGUAGCACUGAAGGUUCAGAAGAGUGCGCAGCACUACACGGAGGCUGCCAUGGAUGAAAUUAAGAUAUUGAAGCAGAUUGCUGACGGUGAUCCUGAUGGCACUCGGUGUGUGGUGAAGUUGCUUGAUCAUUUCAAGCAUUUGGGGCCAAAUGGACACCAUGUCUGUAUGGUCUUUGAAUUUCUUGGGGAUAACCUUCUAACACUAAUAAAGUACACAGAUUAUAGAGGGAUGCCACUCUCCAAGGUGAAGGAGAUUUGCCGCUAUGUCCUUAUAGGGCUCGAUUAUCUCCACCGGGAUCUUUCUAUCAUCCACACUGAUCUCAAGCCAGAGAAUAUUCUCCUCUUGUCUAGCCUUGACCCAGCCAAGGAUCCUUAUCGAUCAGGCACUCCACUCAUCCUUUCCACCGUCAUAUCUGAAUAUCCAUCACCAAUAUCUCCUGCUCGGUCCAAGGGUGAUGAUCUUAUGAGAAGCCAGAAGAAAAAAGUCAGGAGGAAGGUGAAAUGUGCAGCUGCUGCUACAGCUGGGAGCUCAACUGCAAUAGCACGGGACACUGCUGCCUCAGAGGAUAAAGGAGACUCAAAAGCAGUGAAUGAUGUUGGUGGUGGGGAGGCACAAGAUGGCACAUCACAAGGUCAUAGGAGAGGGAGUAAAGCAACAAGAAAGAGAUUGGCAAUGGAGGCAGAUCUCAGGUGCAAGUUAGUUGACUUUGGAAAUGCAUGUUGGACAUAUAAACAGUUCACUAAUGACAUCCAGACACGGCAGUAUCGGUGUCCCGAGGUGAUUCUUGGAUCUAAAUACUCUUCAUCUGCUGAUCUAUGGUCAUUUGCAUGUAUUUGCUUUGAGCUUGCCACAGGGGAUGUUUUAUUUGAUCCACAUAGUGGUGAUAAUUUCGACCGAGAUGAGGACCACUUGGCAUUGAUGAUGGAACUACUUGGGAUGAUACCUCGCAAAAUUGCCUUGGGUGGACGAUAUUCACGGGACUUCUUUAACAGAUAUGGUGACUUGAGGCACAUCCGUCAAUUGAGAUGUUGGCCCCUUAACAAAGUUCUCAUGGAGAAGUAUGAAUUCAGCGAACGAGAUGCCAACGACAUGGCUGAUUUUCUGGUUCCGAUAUUAGACUUUGCCCCUGAGAAACGUCCCACAGCAGCCCAAUUGUUACUUCAUCCAUGGCUAGAUACAGGGCCACAGAUUCAUGAGCCAAGUUUGCCUCAAUCAAAUAAAAUCCAGCCUUCAGCAGAAGGCCCGGCAGAGAAGCAGGGGAAGGAGAAAGAUGAAAGGGAAGCAAUGGCGAUAGGACUCGGUAAUAUCACCAUUGAUGGAUCUACAAAGUUGGUAAAAGAUCCUCAACCUCACAGCAAGUUAUCCAAGGUAAAUAUCCCUGCUUCUACGCAGUGAUGUCUCCGACUUAAAGCAGAGGUUCUUGCAUAGCAUGUGUUUCCGGAUACCCAGUAUCAAGGUUUGAGGUGUUUUGAUUUUGGGAUGUUUGCGAGGGAUAGCAUGAUUGGAAAAGAUACGCCGUGGGAUAGCAUUAAGAGUCCUUUCUCCAAUCGUAUCAAACAUUUGUCCUUGUAAGGAACAAAACAUGGUUUUUUUUUUUUUUUUUUUUUUGUUUGUUGAGAAAUGGAAUUGUUGGACUGUGGAUAUUCUUGGAGGCUUCAACUGUGGAUAUUGGAUGGGUUCAUUAUUCAAUUGUGUUGAUACAUAGAGGGCACUAGUUAUAUUUAAAG